AUGGUCUUUUACAACAACCGCACCCUCUUCACCAUCGGAACCGAACUAAUGGCGAUAGGCGGAAUAGGAGUUCUGCUGACAAACAUCACGGUUCAACCGAUUUGGCCGAAAAAGACAUCGACGAUUGGAUCGAUCUUUUCGGGAACAUUCGAUGGCUCUGCGGGCACGAUUUUGUUGCUAAAAGUUUUGUACGAAGCGGGUAUUCCGUUACAGUACCUCUUCCUGGCUCUGUUUGCGCUCACCGGCAUUCAGUGGUGGAGAACGUUUUUUGUUAUGCCAGCGAAGCGCCUGCCCAAUCCGAUUCCAGAAGACUAUGAUAUCCGAAAAGAAACCUAUUUCGCCAAAUUCACCAGUUCUUCCCCUCCUGCCGAGCAAACAAAAGAAGAAAUGGAGCUUUUGGAAGAAAACGAAGCCGACUCGAAAAUUGACAAGAAAAAAGAUUUCAUGAAAGAAAUCAAAAGCGUCAAAUUCAUCCUUCUUGCUUAUUGA